CUCUCUCCUUUGUCGCUGGUGACGUGGCGCUCCGGGCGUUGCUGUUUUGUGGUGCUGAGCUUAGUCCAGCCGGGGCGGCGCUUGCGUGCGGGGCCGAGGCCUUUCGCGGAAAAACCGAAGCUAUGCGAGCUGAUGCAAAAAGGCUCUGGAAGCACAUGGAAAAAAAUGAAGUAGACAAUAUAUUUGAGCGUAUGCAGAAGGCCCUGUUGUCUUUGAAGCAGAAGAUCAAGGAUGGAACUGCAACAAGUGAAGAAUGCAAUCAAGCUUUGGCACUUGUGAAUCACUUGGGUAUGGCUGACCUUUUACCUCUGGCACAUGAAGAUACGCAGAUAUGCAAUCUGGAUUUACCUCUGUCUGCUCCCAGUGAAAUUACAGAAGAUGCUAGAGAUGACUUUUCUUUACUGGAGAUUAAUGAGGGAAUGUAUUUAAGGAGCGAAGGAGAAUCUGCAGAGACAUCUUCCAAGUUCUCCUACCAGGACCAUGUCUGUUCUAAGGAAUGUCUUUCCAAAUGCCCAUGGAAUUCAUACAAAGGGGAAAGCCCCCUGAAGCUGCCGCUUCUCUGUCACUUCCAGAGGUGGCAUGGCAAAGCAGACUCUGGCUCAAAAUCACAUGAUGUGAUAUACAAAGCUCCCUGUGGAAGGAGCCUGAGAAAUUUCAAAGACGUUCAGGAUUACUUAUUUCAAACAGAAUGCAGCUUUUUAUUUUUAGACCACUUUUCUUUCAAUACCUACGUGCAGGUGUUCCGAAGCAGUCCUAGUUCUCAGGCGUUUGUCUCUGAUUCUGAUAUCAGCCAAGGGGCAGAGACUGUACCAGUGUCAUUCUGUAAUGAUAUCAACCAUGAUCGACUGCCUUACUUUAAAUACCGGAAGACCUCUUGGCCCCAUGGAUACUUCUUGAACAACUUCUCCAGCAGUUUUCUGGACUCUUGCAGCUGCACCGAUGGCUGCAUCGACAGGACAAAAUGUGCGUGCUUGCGUCUUACUGAAAGGACCUUCCUGAAAACUUGUGUGCCUUCAGAAAGAGGACCAUCUCGUGGUUAUAAUUAUAAAAGGCUGGAGGAACCUAUUUCCAGUGG